AUGCAAGACAUACACACGGCAACAUUACAGGAGACCUGUUUUUACGAAAAUAGUAAACCUAGCGGGGAUAAAAACAUAAACGACUAUGACGCGGUGUUGUUUACUGUUUGCGAUGUUUUCGGCAGGCCAAGGGGAAAGUUUGCCUAUGGCAAGAAUAUACAACGAUUUGCGAAAGAAGGGAUGGAAAUGCCAUACACGACAUGCGUCCUCGGCUUCCAGUGCGAGAAGCCAGCUACACUGAGCCGCUAUGGAAGGACCACAGACGUGACCAGAAAGUUGCUCCCAGAGCUCUCCACCUUGCGUCCCUUGAGUUGGCUUUGCGACGGAGACAGAAAGAUCGGCCAUGUGUUGUGCGACUUCUAUGACACAGCAGGACGUCUGGAUCCAUCGUCCCCAAAAAGCAUAGCAUUGAAACAGCUGCAGGACUUGCAGGCUCUUGGCUUUAACAUUAUGACAGCAUUUGAAGCUGAGUUCUUUUUGUAUCAUAAAGGAACGCUCAAUCCUCUUGGUGGCGAUUACAAAGAGCUGACCAACAUGGCGAGACUGGACACAGACAUCCCCUUUCUCUACGAUCACGUGAUGGGGUUACUGGCUUCCGGGAUUCCAGUAGAGACACAGAUGGAGGAGAGCGCCCCUGGCCAGAUUGAGUACUCAAUGCAACCUCAAUAUGGGAUCAAAAUGGCUGACUCUGCCCAUCGACUUCGUUACGUGACUAAAUCUUUAUGUGAGAGGAACGGGUUCGAGGCAACUUUUAUGACCAGACCCAAGCAUGACGGAUACGGCAGUGGUUUCCAUUUUAACCAUUCACUGUGGACUUUAGAUGAAAAAAAUGCCUUUUAUGACCCAAACCACGACCAUCACUGUUCAGACAUCUUUAGACAUUGGGUAGCCGGACUCAUUCACCAUGGCAACGCUCUCACCGCACUGAUGAACCCAACCGUGAAUUGUUAUGAGCGAUUAAACUGUUCCCUGACACCAAAAGAUAACAUCUGGAACUACAACGAUAGAUAUGCCCGUCUGAGAGUGAAAACUAAAAGCAGGAACAUACAUAUUGAGGACCGAACGCCAUCUUCAGCCUCCAACCCCUACCUGUGCUUGGCCGGACUGGUAGCUGCAGGUGUUGAUGGCAUUGCAAGAAAACUAGAAGCCCCGCCACCAAAAGCUUACAGGCCUCUCGGCGCUGAACCUGAGAGUUCAAAGGUUGACAACCCUCUUCCUAAGACCUUGGAGGAAGCCCUGAUAGCUCUGGAGCAAGAUACAGUGUUCACGAAAGCCAUAGGAGAAGACUUCAUCCAGGACUAUAUUGGGCUUUGUAAGGAGUUUCAGUUGCAGAAACUCCAGGAUUUAAAAGAUAAAAACCCAGAAGACAUAUUUCGAGUGGAGAGAGAUCUAUUUUUGUAUUCACUGUAG